AAGUAACGGAAUUAGCGUUACACUUGCAAACAAAAUUCUUUCAAAUAUUUUAUGAAGUCUCUCGAAACAAUUUCAUUAAAUUUUUUCGUUUUUUCAAAAGCAAUUAAAGAAAAAAGUGGGUGUUUGCAAGCGUAAUAUGGGUGACAGUGUUGAAGGGGUUGCGCUUAUUCGUCGUUGCCGCUUCGUUUUCGCCAGCUGCAUUGUGGUGUCUUAGCUUACGAACGUUCGUGUGCAUGCGAAACCGUUAGUCAGCGUCCAGUAUGAGAGUCGUUUGUCGGUUUUUCGGUUUUCGGCGCAACACAAUCUAUGUAUUUGAGGCUUAACUAGUUCAGUGCGAGAUGUCGGCAUAACAGAACGUCAAAUAAUCAAUCAGCCAGUCAGUGAGUCAGUUAGUCAGUGAGCCAGCAAGACCGCGUUGAAAAGUCCGUGUGACAGUGAGUUGGUGUGUCAGUUGCCGCCGAAAAGCCAAGCCAGUUAAGCUAAGUAGCAGAGUAGCCUGCGUGGCCGAGUCCAAUUAUUGUACCUGUGUAUGAGACGUGCCCCGAUUUGUGAUUUUAUUUCGAAGUGACAAAGUUUUGCUUCACACCCAUUAACUGCGUGUUUUAAGUGAACUCUUAAAAAAACAAAAACGAAAACAAAUAAUAGUAAUCAGCAAGCAAAAUAACAUAGCAAAAAGCAAUACGGUAAUAAUUAAAAUAAUAAAAUAAUUGAAACUAACCGAAAGUAUCAACUAUUAACCAAAACAAUUUAACUAAAAGUUCUUUUAGCGAACUACAUUCGAAACUAAACGCGUAGCGAACAACAACAAUAGUUCUGUUUUUAAUCCUCACCAACAGUUUUUUGUUAAUCUCGUUGUUGUUGUGAAUAAAUCGAUAAUUGUAUAAUAUCAAAACCACAAAAAGCAAAAAAAAAAAAAGAAACAAGAAAAAUGUCACCACUAAUGGAACGAACACUGCUGCUCUUGGGCAUCCUUUGCUGUUUACAAGCAACCACUGCGCUGAUGUGUUACGACUGUAAUAGCGCCUACGAUCCCAAUUGCGGUGAUCCGUUCGAACCCUAUACCUUGGGUAAGGUGAACUGCACCCAGCAGGAGGUUAAGGAACAUCUUAAGGACAAAUACACCAAACCUAUGCUCUGCCGUAAGACAACACAAAAGGUUUAUGGCAAGGUGCGCGUGGUGCGCGGUUGCGGCUACAUACCCGAUAAGAGCGAUGAUGGCUUGUGCAUGAAACGCUCCGGCACACAUGACGUGCAGGCAAUCUAUUGUGCGUGCACAUCUGAGCUGUGCAAUCAUGCCGCCUCCACAUUGUAUCAGAACAACAAUCAUCCCAUACUAUCGGCAUUACCCUAUACAUUAGCAGCGUUCUUUGUUUGGUUUGCCACAUUUUCGAGUCAUUUCAAUAUCAAUGCUUUUGGUGCUGUGCAAAUUUCAUAAAUAGUACGAGAUAUACAGAAGCCUACACGCAUAUAUAGUAGAAAUAAAUAAGCAUAUACAUACAUACAAGCAUACAUGCAUACAUACAUACAUAUGAUAGAUGUGUAUAUGUGUAUUAAGGAAAUGAAGUCGCGAAGUUUUCAUUUUACCACUUUAAGUUUGGAAAGUCAUAACAGAGUCAUACACACACACACACACCCUAGAACACACACACACACACACACACAUGCAUUGCAUAAUUCAAGCGAAAUAGAGCAAACAAAACGCAAGUAAAAGCAGAAGUUGAUUGGGAAUAAAGAAAGAAAAGGAAAGCGCAACCAACACUUAACGGUUAAAAAUAGCAUGGAACAAAAGCUAACGGAUGUUAAAGCAGUUUAAAGGAGAGCGACGCAGCCUAGCUGAAGUAGCAUGUGUUGCAUAAGCAGACAAAUGAAAUCAGCACACUUGAGAUUGCAUAACCACAUUCAAGCUAAAAUAAAGAAAUAAACUAAAUUAAUAGCAAUUAAUACGAAAAACAGCGAUUUGUUCAACUAAAACCGAAAGCAAGCAUCUUUACUGUAUAUGUUGCCCCUAAAAGUAUGCUAAUAAAAAUAUUUUUCGUUCGAAGACAAUGCAAUUGACAAGGCCGGAAAAAAUUGCUGUUGAAAGCAGGUUAUGUUACAAUUAAGGCAAACCACGCGAAUAAAUGUGCGCGCCAGCGCUGCUGCGUAUGUAUGUGGCUGUUAUUAAACAAUACGCAUACAUAUAUAUGUAUAUACAUAAUUAACUUACUUAUACAAAUAUGUCAUUUAAGUUAUUAGGAAGAUAACAAAAACAAAAACAUUAGAAAAAAAAUCAAAUACAAGGAAAACAAAAACAACUGCCGUCACAUGUCUUGCGAAGAAGUAUUCGAAAUUUUUAAUAAUAGUUUCACAGUGUAUAUAUGUAUGUAUGUAUACUAUAGUGCUAAAUGUAACCAACACAUGCUGACACUAACGACGUACGUCAUAAAUAUCUAACUGCGUAUGAAAGUGUAAAGUGUUAUGUAGUAGUUGCUUUGUAAAAAAAAGUUAAAUUAGAAGAAUUAUAAAUUUUUUUAAAUACUUCACAUGAAAUUGUGUUUGCAGCGUUAUUGAAGCAGGAUAUGGUGCUUAAGGAGUCAUAUCCACUUGCAAGUAAGAAAAAAAAGAGUUUUUUUGUGUAUUUUGUUUAGAGAGGCAUUUAAUUAAAUAAACUAAUUAAAAUAUUGUACAUUAACGGAAUUUAAUGUACCUUAAUAAGCGGUUAUCAAUUUUGAAAUUUUUUUUUCUCUUGAACCCGUCGUUGAUCUCCAAGAGAACAUCCGAAAAAGCUGUCUGGCGCUGAGGAAGAUUUUGCUGCUUAAAAUUAUCCAAAGUUCAAGAAUCAAAGAAAAAAUAUUAUUACAAUAAAUGAAUGCAGUUAAUGAUGGCAGGAAUGGUGAAAAUUUUGAUUUUUGAAAAAUUGGUGGUUUCUUUAAAAAUAUAUUUUUUUUUAAACUCACUUCGAAGUGUCUAAAAAAUCGAAAUUAUCAUCAAAAAUCUCAUUACUUCGAUUAUUAUAUAGUAAAAUAUAUAAAUAAUAUAUCUUGAAAGGUCAUGUAAUCGACUACAAGUCGGUCGAUCUAGCCGUUUUGGAGAAAUUUUCCGCACCAACUCUGAAAAAGUCUCUUUUGGUGAAAUAAUUUACACUUCAGAGUAGUUUAAAGAUCGAUUAUUUAUUAUAAACAUCUUAUUCCUUCCACCAUUAUAUAGUAAAAUAUAUAAGUAAUAUAUCUUGAAAGGUUAUGUGAGACCACAAAUCGGUCAAUCUCGCCGUUUUAGAGAAAUUUUCCUUACCAACUCUGAAAGUAGCAUCUCGCGAAAACGCGUUUAAAGUUUUGGCUGCCGAUUAUUACAAAUACGCUCAUAUCUCCUGAACUAUUUUCCAAAUCAAUAAUAAAUUUUCGAAAAUACCCUCAAAUAUCUGUACCUUCGAUAACUAUGCAAAAAAUUUAUGCAUAAAAAAGUCGAUUUUUUUCAGAUUCACAAGUGGAUAUAACCCCUUAAAACCGAGUUGUUGUUGAAAAAUGCAAGAAAAGUGUACGCAAACUUCUUAAAUACUUUAUAAAUAGUGUGUGUUAUAACGUACAGUAUUUUCUAUACAACGCCACCACGUUGGAAACACUAAGCUGCCAACCACUGUUGUAUAGUCUUAACAUAACAUUGAGAUGUUACUUUAACAGUUGCAAGUAAAUAAGAAAUACUUAAAAUAACUGCAUAUAAAAUGUAACUUAACAAAAAUGCAUUAUGAGUGUUAGUAGCUAACUCGCAAUGCAACACUAGUCUCACUCAUAAGCUACAUAAUCUAACAUUUGUUUUAACAGUAAAAUAAUAUUUGCUUCUAAACACGAUUUUGCUGCAUUAUUGCAAUAGUUAUAGCAACAUAGUUCAUAUAUGCCUUAGUUUUUAGCUAUACUUCCAUUAUUUGCAUACUAUAUAACAGUUAAAUACUGUAAUAUUUUGGCAGAAUCACACAGAGUUGGCGUUUACACAUGCAGCUGUAUGUGACACUACUAAAAGGCAGUCCUUAUGGUAAGGCAACAGUAUAAGAACAGUUAAGCGUAAAAAAUUUGUAAAUUUAGCAAAUGUAAUAAAUAAAUCACUUAAAAAAUAUAGGGACUUAAUGAUUUAAAGCAGCUAACUACCAUAUAAAGCCCAAAAACACUAGUAUUCAAUGCAAAUACAACGCAUACAACAACAAAUUAUGCAAAUGCAAUUAAUUUAAAUACAUACAAAUGCGCUCCAUACUGCAAAAAACAUAUACACGCUUACAUACUUACACAGUUACAUAUGUGAAGCAUAUAAAGCUAGUGAAAUAAAUCGCCUAACAAAUUAUAUAAAAAAAUCUGUCAUGCCUACAUAAAUUUACAUAUAAACAUACACGAACUUACACAUACUCAAUAUUUAUAUUAUAUGCAUAAAACCGCAAAUUUUGUCCAGAAAAAAAUUCAAAUAUUAAAAAUAAAAAAUAACUGUCAUAAAGCAAUUAAAAACGUAUAUAAUUUAGUACGCAAGCAACACGCUGCGUAAUGAAAGUGAACAUGAACCUUUAUUAAUUUCCAUAAAGAAGAACAUAAUAUAGUUAAUAUACAUACAUAUGUAUAUGUAUGUAUGUAAUGAGUAUAAGCUUAAUGAAAACAUAUAAACGAAGGUGUAUGAACAAAAUGCUGCGCAUAAUAUUAGUAUUUAUAACGACACUCAUCGAAAAACAACAACACGUACACAACUUAUUAUUACUAUACAGUGAAGCGAAAAAAAAAUAAUUAAAAGAAAAAUUCAUAAAAUUUUUUUCGGGAUUUCAAAUUUUUCCUCAAGGCAUAUAAGUACAUAGAAAUAAACUUGAAGCAAAGUACAGUUAUAAUUAUGUAUAUGAGGCUGAUUAUGUAUGUAUGUAUUAUAUCGAAAUCGCAAACUACAACUGCAAAUAUGAAAGUAAAUAGCAAUACCGUUACAUAUACAAACAAAUGCUUUGUGUUACUUACACAGUUAUAUAAGGCCAGGGUUGCAUAUAAAGCUUUUAAAAAUAAUUGAAGUAAUAUUGGAAUAUUUUUUUUUUAUUUUGUUAUGCUGAAAAUCUUGAUUAAAUAUAAAAUUAAAAUAAAAAAAAUUAAAUCCUGAGUUGGAAAAUUAAAACAAAAAUCCCAAUUUUUAAUUAAAAAUUAAAAAAAAGGUUUUGAAAUUUUAAUUUUUUGACGUUUUGCAUUUCAAUUAGUUUUAUUUUUUUUAAUCCCGAAAAUUUUUAUAAAAAUUAAUUUUCUGAUAAAAAAAACUCUGAGUUGGAAAAUUAAAAAAAUAAAUAAAUCCAAAUUUAUAAUUAAAAAAAAAAGUUUUGAAAUUUACAUUUUUUGACGAUUGAAUUUCAAUUAAUUUUAUUUUUUUUUUAAUCACGAAAAUUUUUAUAAAAAAUAAUAAAAAAAAACUCUGAGUUGGAAAAUUAAAAAAAAAUAAAUAAAUCCAAAUUUAUAAUAAAAAAUUCAAAAAUAAAAAAAAUUUUGAAAUUUUAAUUUUUUGACGUUUUGCAUUUCAAUUAAUUUUUUUUUUCGUAAUUCCGAACAUUUUGAUUAAAAGUAAUUUUCAAAUUUUUAAACUUAAUUGAGAAACUAAAAUAAAUUUUUAAUUCCAAUUACUGGAAUGAAAAUAAAAAUAAUGUUUGCUCAAAUUUAUUAUUAAAAAAAUUCUAAUAUUUUGAAAUGUCUGAUUUAAAGUAAUUUUAUUUUAUUUUGAAAAAUGCCGAAAAUUUUAUUUAAAAAUUAUUGUUAUAAAAAAAUUAUUAUUUAAAAAACAAAUUAUUAUAAAUAAAAAACAUGUUUUUUAUGUUUUUUUUUAUAAAUUUUCUUAAUUAAUAUAUUUCGCACUGAACAUAUUUGGCACAUUUUCAAUACUUUUGAGCGUGGUCGACAAAUUUACACAUUGAAACGGGUUAAUUUUUAAUUCUGAUUUUAGGAUUAAAUACGAAUUUUUAAUAAUAAAAAAUAUAAAAAAUAAUUUUUAAUUUUUUGUUUUGAAUUUUACAUUUACAAUUUUUAUAAUUCAAUAUUUAAUUUUCAAUCUUUACUUUUUAAUUUUUAGAUUUCAGCUUUUAAUUUUUAAUGAACAAUUUUUAAUUUUAAAUUUUCAAUUUUUAACUUUUAACUUUUAUUUUUCAAUUUUUAGUUUACAAAAUUUAGUUUUCAGUUUUCAGUUUUUAACUUUUUAUUUCUAUUUCUCAAUUAUUAGUUUUAAAUUAACUUUUAAUUUCUAUUUUUCAAUUUUUAGUUUUAAAUUUUUUUGCUUUAAAAUCCAAAAAUUGAAAGUAAAAAUUGAAAAUCUAAUUUUUUAUCUAAAAAUAAAAAAAAAUCGCAACCCUGCCUAGUACAUACAUUUGCAAAAAUAUACUCAUUGAUAAUGUAUUAAUAUAUUUUUGUGUUUUAUAUGAUUUCUGUUAUAGUUUAUUGUGAAUAUUUUUAUUCCGAAAAUUAAGACAAAAAAAAUCCAAAAAAUUUCAAAAUAAUUACAUAUCAUGAUUUCACUGCAGUAUUUAAUUAUUAAUUAUAUUAUGUACAAAUAUUUGCAUGUUAAAUAUAAUUUUCUCUAAAACUCCGCUUUUCCAUAAAACUUACUGUGUUAAUGCGUAUUUUUAUAUGCCGUCGAUUGAUGCAAUUUCGUAAUAAGUGCAAAUAUUUCAUGCUUUUUUAAACUACUUUAAGAUAUUCAGUGAUUUCUAAACAGUUGUGUGAUAGAAUCAUUCGCCAUUAUAUAGUUUAGAAAUUAAACUACUACUGGUUAAAAAUAAUUUCCAAUUAUUAUAAUAUACUCAAUUCAAUAAGCAAUAUAACGGUAUUACAUUGAGCAUAUCUUCUACAUAAUGAAAUUAGCGCACGACUUGAGACUUUCGCUAAUUAACGGACCUGUGAUUGGUGCUUUUUUCACAUUUUUACAGUUCAAUACAGAUUCUCGUAUCUUACCACAAGUGGUAUGCUGUUCUCGUUAACAUAAACGAUAGUUUCAGCUUAACUUUGUGACCAUAAAAAAUGUAUGUAGCAUAAUAAAAAUCAUUUAAAUUAAUUGUUAAUUACUAUAAUGAAUAUAUUAACACAGUUUAGUGCUUAUGUCAAGAACACUCACCAACGGAAGUCUUUUUACCGAAAACUUUAAGCUACUCAACACGCCUUUACACAUAAACACACCACUCACGCGCAUAUUAAACACACCCAACUCUAUUAAAAAAACAGUUAGAACAAUGUCAGUCAUUCAUAGCAGCAACAAAUCUAUUAUUAACAAAUAAUUAAAAAAUUAUACUUAAAUAAAAUGAUAAAUAAACAAAAAAAUUAAUGAAAAGGCGAGCAAUUUUGCGCAAACUUUGAAGUCGACGAAUUUGAAGGUGAAAGAAUUCUGCAAACCAACAGCAAUGUUACACCCGAUUUUUGAACAUAUAGACAAAUGUGUUGAAUUCAACUACGCUAAGUACAUGUGUUUAUCACUUUAUACAUACAUAUAUGCGUGCAAGCUAAUUAUGUAUAUACAUACAUACACAUUUGUGGGUAUACACAAAGCAAAAAUAAAACAAGAAAGAGAAACAAAAAAUUAAGAAAAAAAAAUAUUUUUAAUUUAAUAAUUAGUUAUUUACUAAAAAUACUAAAUAAACCAAAGAGGAAAUUGAAAUUAAUGUAAGCACACACAAACACAAAAUGAAAAGCAACAACAAAUAAUAAACACAUUGAAAUUGAGAAAACACAAUACGAACAGAUUAAUAUAUUUAAUAAACUUGAAAUUUAUGUAGAUAUAUGAACUAAUUUUAAAAAUUAAAAUAAAUUUAAAUUAUUAAACGAAAUGAUAAUAACAAAAAAAGAAAAAAAUUCUUCAAGAAACAACAAACACUAGCCGACAAAAACAAAAACAAAAACCAAAAAACAUAAAAUACAAUAAACAAACGAAAACUAAGCAAAACAGUAAAUAUAAUUAUAUAAAUAAGAAAUGAAAAUAAAAACAAAAAGUUAUUAAGCCUAAAGUAUAAUUAUUUCAAUAUGAAAUAGUAAAACAAAUCAUUAACUAAUUAUGUAGACGAGUGCAGCAGGCAAGUAAAACUCAGCAGUGAUGCUAAAAAAUAAUAAAGCAAGUAUGGAAAACAAAAAGUUUAGAGCGAAAGCAGAACUAUGAGAAAAUAUGAAAAAGAAACAAAAAAAAAAACAAAUAUAUAAUUCUUCACUACAUUUAGAUAAAAUAUUAUAAAUUGAUUUAUUAACGAAAGUGAGUUGAUUGCGUUAGUAAAUGCAAGCGAAUUAAUAACUAUUGCAAAAAAAAACAAAUUGACACCGUUGUUAGGCGAAAUGCCAACAACACAAUGAUGAUCUAAAUAUUACAUAAACACUGUAUACACGUUCUUUAAGUUAACACCCAUUACUAGGCAUUACUAGGCAAUCAUAUAAUGUAUUCUGCCAUACAAAAAAUACAGCACCCACAUAGCAACAGAAUGUAUGCAUAAAUAAUUUAACAUGAAAGUAAAAUAAAAAAAAUAGUAUAAAAUUGAAAUAAUUAAACAAAUAUAAAAAUAAAGUAAUAAAAAAUAUAUAAUUAAAAGCUAUAAGCUAUAAUAAUAAAAUAUAUAAACAACAGUAAACUGUUAAAAGAAACGGGCUUUGCAUUAACAACGUGAAAAAGCAGCGAAAUUUUGCAUACAGAGAAUGCGCAAUGUUACUAACAUGUGUGCAGAAGCAGCAGAGCAUGGCAAUGAACGGGCAGCGCUGACAGCAGUGAAUAACAUGUUAACAGCCCAAACGAGCAGUUAAUGCUAAUGAGUCAGUGCCAUAAUAAUAGAAAAUAUUGAAGAAAUAUUCAUUAGCAUCCGCAGCUAUUUAUUAACAUUCUCUGCAUAGGCACCAGAAAGUUGCAGCAAAGAUUGUUAAUGACUCAAUGCUAUUCUAACAGAGAAAUUAAAUCAUUUUCAUUAACUUUUUUUUGGUUACUACGUUGGCAACUGAUAAGCUGUUAAUUAACAUUUGUGCAUUUUCUGUAUUUACAAUUUGCUGUUUAAAGCAUGCAAAAGGUAAACAGCAGCAUUUACAUAACUGUCGUGCACUGCUCGUGCUGCGCUUUAUUCACUCGUGAUUCAUGUUAUUCAUACGUGUCGGUUUAUUGAGAAGUAACACGGGUUUGUUUUUUUCUAUGUGAAAUUUUCACCACUGCAAUGUUGCUGUUGUAGCAGCGUGUGUAUCGAAUGUACUUAAUUUUAUUGACAACAAAGCGUGCAAAUGCUAUUUUUAUUAAAUAAUAAAUAAUUAAUUUUAAAAUGUUUAAUUAUUAACUUAUUAAAGAAAUGUUUUCUUUAAAUAGCUGUUAAUCAUGGCUGCAGUAAUAUACAUGUGUGUAUUUAUUGAAGUUCGUGAGCCGAAUAUUUAACAGUCGUAAAUGAAGCGCAAUGAAAUGGCGAUUCCGUAGAUUGCACACUAGGCGCCAUUUUGUAAACAAAUACACUCAAAUACAUGUUUAAUAAAGGCUGAUGUAAAGAAAAUCAUUUGCUGUUUACAGAAUAAAUUCUUAAAGUUGAGCAUUUUUAAGGACACAGGCUUCACAUCUUAAAAUCUGUGCAAAUUGAUUAAAAUUUAGCUGGAGAAUGAAAUCAAAGCAUUUUAUACAUAUGUACAUACAUAUGUAUGUAUAUCCUCAACUCAAAUUAAAAUUUUUGUUCUACAAAUUUUCUUUUUGUGCAAUAAGCGGCUAUCAAAGGCUUUUGCUUCUAUAAAAAUUUAGGUUUCUCGCCUAAACAUUGAAAUUAAUUAUAAAUACAUAUGUAUGUGUAUUAAUUUUUUUUUAAAUUUUCGGAUUUACCAUAUGAACCCGGUAACAUUGAUCGAAAUGAAAUAAAAUUGAAUUGAACGUGUUGUAGCGAGCAGCACGCACAACAGCGCAUGUGUGUAACAAUAAAAGCAAGCGACAGUGGCUGCCAAAACUAAACUGUUGUAAUAAAAUAUAAGAAUUAUAUGCAUAAAUUCUAAAUGAUCGUAUGUGUUUUAACCACUAAUAUAGAAGUGAUUAAAAAUGUUUUUGGUGUACAUUAAUUUUUGCAACAAAUUACACUUGCAUAGAUUUAUAAUUUCACUUAUAUUUUUAUGUAUAAAUACAACGACUUUCUCUCAACUUAACAGCUAGCUUACAGUAUACCUGUUAACUCAAUGUUACCAUUUUGUAUUUGUCUUCAUUUCAACCAGUAUUACUUAUAUGUUGCUAAAAAUAAAAUAAAGAUGAAUAUGUGACAAGACAUUAUUGUUUAUCUCCAUGAAAUUAUAAAUAAUGCUAAACCGAAAGGAACUUUUGAAGCAACUAUUAUUGUCAUGUGGAAAAUAGUAGUUGAAAUUAACUCAAUAAAAAAUUAUGGAGUAAAUCAUGCUGUUGAUAAGUUUAUCAAUAUUUUGUUAAUGAAUUCUGAAGAAAUUGUUAUUUUCUAGUAAAUAAGUCUGUAAAGCUCCGCUUGUAGAAGAAAUCAAUAAAUAAAUUAAAUACAAAAAACCAAAA